UCUAGUCCUGCGGGAGGCAUCCUGGACCCACACCGCGGCCGCCCAAGCCAGUGAAAGUCCCAGGGGCCUGAUAUCGCUCCCAGCGCUCGAGGACCGAGGCCUGCUGUGGAGGACACCGUGCUCCCUCGGGACCUGUUUUGGAUUCCGGCCCGGGCGUCCCCUUGGAGCUCUGCAUCUCCAACCUGGAACCCAACCCAGAAGGCUCAAAUUCGACGCAUCACGUGGCGAGCGGAUCCACUGAGGGUCCACAGAGAGGGGCGCCCAUCUCCUGCAUCUCAGUUAUCCCGGUGUUGGGAAUUCUGUGCCCUAAAGAAUUCUGACUCAGAUCCAAACGGCAAUCUGGUGGAGUUGAGGGUGAAAGGCCAGAGGGACGAUGUUCUACUAUCCCAACGUGCUUCAGCGCCACACCGGCUGCUUUGCCACCAUCUGGCUGGCAGCGACGCGCGGCAGCCGGUUGGUGAAGCGCGAAUACCUGAGGGUGAAUGUGGUGAAGACCUGCGAGGAAAUCCUCAAUUAUGUGCUGGUACGAGUGCAACCCCCGCAGCCCGGCCUGCCACGGCCCCGCUUCUCCCUCUAUCUCUCAGCCCAACUUCAGAUCGGUGUGAUCCGCGUCUAUUCUCAACAAUGCCAGUACCUCGUGGGUAAGGCUGGGAACCCUCAGAGGUGGGGCGGGCUGAGCAGCUGUCUGCUAAGCUGGCUGUCUACCUCGCCCUCCCUGCCCACAGAGGACAUCCAGCACAUCUUGGAGCGCCUCCACCGUGCCCAGCUGCAGAUCCGAAUAGAUAUGGAGACUGAGCUACCCAGCCUACUGCUUCCUAACCACCUGGCCAUGAUGGAAACCCUAGAAGAUGCUCCAGAUCCCUUUUUUGGGAUGAUGUCUGUGGAUCCCAGACUUCCUAGUCCUUUCGAUAUCCCUCAGAUUCGACACCUCUUAGAGGCUGCAAUUCCAGAGAGAGUUGAAGAGAUCCCUCCUGAAGUCCCUACAGAGCCCAGGAAGCCAGACAGGAUUCUGGUCACUGUGCUGCCCCCUGAGGCCAUCACGAUCCAGGAGGCAGAGCCCAUACGGAUGCUGCGGAUUGAGGGUGAACAGGAGCUCCCAGAGGUCAGCCGCCGAGACCUGGACCUGCUGAUCGCAGAGGAAGACGAAGCUAUCUUGUUAGAAAAGCUAAGGGAGGAGCUCCGGGUCCCAGAGGGUGAAAUCGUAGUCCCCCGGCUCUCACCUCCAGCUCCUGCAGAGGUGGAAGGAAUAGCAGAGGCACUUCCAGUCCUGGUCCCUGAGGAGCUGAGGCCGACAGGCUGGGAGCCUGGGGCCCUACUCAUGGAAGUGACCCCCCCAGAGGAACUGCGUCUGCCAGCCCCACCCAGCCCAGAGCGGAGGCGGCCCCCAGUCUUCCCACCUCCUCGCCGCCGUCGUCGCCGGUUACUGUUCUGGGACAAGGAGACUCAGAUCUCCCGGGAGAAAUUCCGGGAACAACUGCAAACCAGAGCCCACUGCUGGGAAUGUCCCAAGGUGCAGCCUCCUGAGAGGACCAUCACAGGCCCUGCAGAGUUGUUCAGAACCCCAACUCUCUCUGGCUGGCUACCCCUUGAACUACUGGGUCUCUGGACUCGCUGUGCCCAGCCACCCCCAAGAGCACUCAGGCGAGAGCUGCCCGAGGAGGCUGCUGAGGAGGAAAGGAGAAAGGCUGAAGUUCCGAGUGAGAUCGAGGUCCCGAGGGAGGCCCUGGAGCCCAGUGUUCCCCUUAUGCUGUCUUCAGAGCUCUCCCUAGAGGCAGCUGAAGAGGAGAAGUCCCGCAUCAGCCUCAUUCCACCAGAAGAACGGUGGGCCUGGGCUGAGGUGGAACAGCCAGAACCUCCUGCAUUGCCCGUGGUGCCUGAACUCCCUGAGGUGCCCAUGGAGAUGCCUUUGGUGCUGCCCCCAGAGCUCGAGCUGCUCUCACUGGAAGCUGUGCACAGGGCAGUGGCACUGGAGCUGCAGGCCAACAGGGAGCCCGACUUCAGCAGCCUGGUGUCACCCCUCAGCCCCCGCAGGAUGGCCGCUCGGGUCUUCUACAUGCUCCUGGGUGAGUGUAUGCAUGUGUGUGUGUGUAUGUGGCGCAGGGACACACAGACCAGAGGCCCAUACAGGGACUCCCCCAACCUGCCCUCUCCUCCCCUCUUGACCAGUGCUCUCAGCGCAACAGAUUCUUCGCGUGGAACAAGAAAAGCCAUAUGGUCGCCUCCUGAUCCAGCCGGGGCCCAGAUUCCACCAAGGUUAGAGUCCAUUUACAAAGCUGCCAGGAAACCGGCCACUUCUAGUAAACCAUGUCAUGGCUCAUUGGGUCUUGCUUACUUCAUUUCUGAAUGUGCAUUUCCAGCCUUCUUGCUCUCAGAGCUAUUGUUCAAGCAGAAAACAAGCUGCUUUUAUUACAGUAUGAUGUCAUGACUCAUUUGUAACAGAUCCAGCCU